AUGCCUAUAUACCCAUUGCCUACAACUGAGACUUCAAUUGAAACCCUCUUCCCUAAAUGCGUCAGUGCAUUACUUCUUAUCGUGGGUAAUUUGGUGCAGCCAAGGCCUAUAAUUUCUGUUGACAGUAAUGUUGAAACAAUAGGUAGAUCUAUACAUGGGUCAUCUGAAAAUCAUACUUCUUCUGAACUAGUAACAGAGAAAAGUUUGACUCCAGUCGCCGUUGAUAAAGAAUCAGUCCCUGUUUUUGAUAACAUACUUGGAAAAAUGACUGGAAGCGCAGUCGAUAACAAGCCGUUCUUCUUGAAGAUCCCCAGACAUUGCAAUCAGCCAUUGAAUUGGAGAUAA